AUGGCUGCUGCUGCUAACCUUCCGGACUUGACGCCAUUGGAGCCUGAGGAUGUCGAUGAGGGCAUUUCCGAGACCGGCUCCGCAAAUGGCAGUAGCGGCUCCUCUCUCGCGUCCUUGAGAUCCAGCAUCCUCGAGCAUCGGAGAGAGAACGGGCGCCGGUACCAUGGAAUGAGCGAGGGAACUUACAUAUUACCAAACGACGAGCAAGAACAAGAACGUCUAGAUAUCAACCACCAUCUCUGGAGGGUCACCUGGGACGGCGACCUGUGCAGAUCACCCAAGAGAAACGGCGCCAACCGCGUUCUGGACGUGGGGACCGGCACUGGCAUUUGGUCCAUUGAGUACGCGGAGGAUCAUCCCGAGGCCACGGUCAUAGGAGUUGACCUGAGCCCCAUCCAGCCUGAAUUCGUUCCUCCGAAUUGCAAAUUCGAAAUCGACGACGUGGACAAGGACUGGACAUGGUCGACCCCCUUCGACUUCAUCUUCGUCCGCCACAUGAACGCCUGCUUCGCAAGCUGGGAGAGGAUGCUGGCCCAAGCCUACGAAAACCUCGAGCCCGGCGGCUACAUCGAGCUCCAGGACAACUCCUUCCCCCUCGCCUGCCAGGACGGCACCCUGCGCCCCGGCUCCGCGCUCGAGCGCUGGUCCUCGCUCAUCAUGGAGGGCACCGCCAAGAUGGGCCGCCCCGUCACGGUGCCCGCGCACUUCAAGCGCAUGCUGCAGGACACCGGCUUCGUCGACGUCGUCGAGGAGUACCGCGUGUGGCCCGUCAACGACUGGCCCCGCAACGACGCGCUGCGCCUGCUGGGCCGCUGGUCGCAGUUCGACAGCCUCGAGGCCGUUGAGAGCUCCGCGCUCGCGCUCUUCACGCGCGUGCUGGGCUGGACCCGCGAGGAGGUGCUGGUGUUCUGCGCCGAGGUCAGGAACGAGCUCAAGGACAGGAGCAUCCACGCCUACUGGAACGUCUGGUGCGCGUAUGGACGCAAGCCGUUGAAGGAACAGGUACCUGCCGCAUAA